AUAUCCACAACAAAGCGAACUGUCAAAAAUUCGAUUAACAUCCGGCUGCUUUGCCAUCCUCCUUUCCUUUUUACGUAUUUUAACAAGAUGGCGAGAGGUCCCAAAAAGCAUUUGAAGCGUUUAGCAGCCCCAAAGGCAUGGAUGUUGGACAAAUUGGGAGGAGUAUUCGCUCCUCGUCCAUCCAGUGGCCCACACAAAUUGCGGGAGUCAUUGCCGCUCAUGAUUUUCUUGAGAAAUCGUCUAAAGUAUGCGCUGAACGGUGCUGAGGUGACCAAAAUUGUUAUGCAGCGUCUGAUCAAGGUUGAUGGCAAAGUGCGCACCGACCCAACAUUUCCCGCUGGUUUCAUGGAUGUUAUCACCAUUGAAAAGACUGGUGAAUUCUUCCGUUUGGUGUACGACGUCAAGGGUCGAUUCACAAUUCACCGUAUUUCGGCUGAGGAGGCAAAGUACAAAUUGUGCAAGGUCCGCAAAACACAACUUGGCGCCAAGGGUGUACCAUUCGUUGUCACCCAUGACGGCCGUACCAUUCGUUAUCCCGAUCCCUUGAUCAAGGCUAACGAUACUAUUCAAGUAGAUAUUGCCACCGGUAAAAUUACCGACUACAUUAAAUUCGACUCUGGAAACCUGUGCAUGAUCACUGGAGGUAGAAAUUUGGGUCGUGUUGGUACCGUUGUUAACCGCGAGAGACAUCCUGGUUCCUUCGAUAUCGUUCACGUAAAGGACUCGCAAGGACAUGUGUUUGCCACCAGAUUGACAAACGUUUUUAUUAUUGGCAAGGGCAACAAACCCUACAUCUCGCUGCCUAAGGGCAAGGGUGUUAAAUUGAGCAUUGCCGAGGAACGUGACAAGCGUUUGGCUGCCAAAACCCACUAAAUAGUUAUUUAAGACCGGUUUCUAUAUUUGCGAAAGAUGGAUCAUUCACAAUAAACAGAAAUCACUUUAGAAUAACCUGGGAAA